AGGAAGCGGAAACAAAAAGAGGUUUCACAAAAACACAAACACAUCCCGGACUAUAGAAGAAUUCAGGGAACAACCGUCAGCAAUAAGACUGCAGUUCAAGUAAGGAGCGAGCUGGACGUGAGCUGAGGAGCAGACCUCCACCAUGGCGCUGAAGAGAAUACAGAAGGAGCUGCAAGACCUGCAGAGAGACCCCCCAGCACAGUGCUCCGCUGGACCAGUGGGAGACGACUUGUUUCAUUGGCAGGCCACCAUAAUGGGUCCGGGGGACAGUCCUUACCAAGGAGGAGUCUUCUUCCUCACAAUCCACUUCCCCACCGACUACCCAUUCAAGCCACCGAAGGUAGCAUUUACAACUAAGAUUUACCAUCCAAAUAUCAACAGCAAUGGGAGUAUCUGUCUGGACAUCCUCCGGUCUCAGUGGUCUCCAGCUCUCACGGUGUCCAAAGUUUUAUUGUCCAUAUGUUCGUUGCUUUGUGACCCAAACCCAGAUGACCCCUUAGUUCCAGACAUAGCGCACAUGUACAAGAACGACAAAGAGAAAUACAACAAACAAGCAAAAGAAUGGACCCAAAAAUAUGCCAUGUAAAGAAAAGAAAAAAAAGAAACAACAUGCUGAGAAUCUUUCUUUUUCUUUCUUUUUUUGUUUUUAAGUCCCAGCACGCUGUAAAUUAUAGUCAGCAAUCAUUGAGUAACCGUGGUAACUCCAAUCAGACUGAACGGUCAUCAACAUAAUUAAUAAUCUGAGAACAUGACAUUUACACUCUUUGUUUUUUUGUAAGGAAGCCGAUAUGAGAACGACUGAGGGUCAUUUCAACGUUUGGCAUUGUGUGGGUUUUUUGCAUCAAAGACAUUUUAUUUCUCACAAGUUUAUUUCAAGUUGCUUUCCAGAAAUUUUGAAGUACACCUCGUGGAUUGUGGGACAUGACUAUGCCGCUCAGCGACCAGCCUUUUGGUCCGAGGAGCUGAGUGCAGCGGGGCGGUGUACGAUUCAGACGCCCUGCGCCGCCCGCCGGCAGCCAGCCGGGGGCACACCGCACCGUGGAGUUGUGGGUUGAUGCCAAAUAUUAAAGCCCCUCAUUUUGGUGAAGGAGAGUUCUUUUUGUUUUGUUUUUGCAUCUUGUAGCAGAUGAAGUGAAAUGAAACUGUUACCCUGGAAAUUGGAGCAACGACAAGUAACGUAUUACCGUCUUCUUCUCCCUGUUGUUAUGAAUUGUAUAGUAUUAAAAUGCUCUGGGACUCUUCAUUUAAAUUAGUUAUCGCAAUGUAAAUCUGUCAUUAAGAUGUGCUCUUCCCCCUGAGAGUGAUGGCUUUACACGGGCACAGAGAUCAUAUUUUGUACCCAGUCAGGCCGGAGCCUGAGGGGUGAAAUGUGUCCUUCUGUUGGACCUCCAUCUGUAUAUCUAUCUUUGUUAUUGAAAUGGGAAAAAUACAAUGUUCUGCUCUGUAUAUACAGAAGCCUGUGUGGCACCUUUUGUACUGAAUUAAAGAAUGGUACCGUU